CCAAAAAUUUCUCCCCCCAUUCCCGGCCGUUCUCCCCCCUUUUCCGGCUCCUAACUGCAAUAUCUGGCCGUCUACAUCGCCGACCUACAUUCCCCAUUUCCGGCAACGAUGGCGAUCUCUGGCCGUCUUCCAUCUCCGACCGAGCCUCCACCAUCUUGCUCCGAAGACCCAUUGACCGCUCUGCUACAGGAAGCUCCACCGAGCCACCACCGGCGAAUCGAGAACAAGAUCAGCCGGCAAGUGACGUUCUCGAAGCGGCGGACCGGGUUGCUAAAGAAAGCUCAUGAGAUCUCGGUGCUGUGCGAUGCUGAGGUUGCUUUGAUUGUGUUCUCCACCAAAGGGAAGCUCUUUGAGUUUUCCUCCGAUUCCAGGCUGAAGGUGCCAAUGCAGCAGAGGACGAAGUUGAGUCUGAGAAGUCAAUGUCUGAGGUGAAUGAUUAGGAUGAAGGAGAUGAAGAUGCGAAAUGGCAUCAUGGGAGAAAAUGCAUAUUGGUUAUGUCUUGAUAUUUUAGAUGUUGGUUCAAUGUUUUUUUUGGUUAUAUAUUUAACAUUCUGAAAAGAAUACGUGUCUGACUUUGAUUAAUUGAUGGGAACCAUAGGCCAAUCCUCAUUAAUUGGGAUUUUGGUUUUGGAGUGUGUAAAAACGUUUUGUAUAUUCUUUCUCUUACUAACCCUUACAGGUCAGGUAUGAUACUUCAUUUACACGCAUCUUGUUCUGUUUUCAAUGUACUGACAGUGGUUGGGAUUCAUGUUGGGGAUGGCUUUCAUGCAUUUAUGAUUCUA